CGUGACCUCAUGACGAGCGGGCAGGGGGGAGGGCCGGAAGUUCGCUUCAGGACUUUGAGGGCGGGGCCACACUCCGACCGGAAGCAGAGCGGUCCGCUCUGAGCCGCUGGCAGCUCCGGUUGCGUGCCCAGGGAUGGGCUCGAAGGCCAAGAAGCGUGUCGUGCUGCCCACUCGCCCGGCGCCCCCCACGACGGAGCAGAUCCUGGAGGAUGUGCGGGGGGCGCCCGCCGAGGACCCAGUCUUCACCGCCCUGGCCCCCGAAGUGUCCGCAGACUCCUCCUGGAAGGCUGAGAACCCUGAGGCCCAACGGGAGCAGCUCUACCAGCAGAGCCGGGCCUACGUGGCCGCCAACCAGCGGCUGAGACAAGCCGGUGAUGAGCUAAGACAAAGGUGUGAGGACCUUUGGCAAGCUGGCCAGGAGCUGGAGCAGGACGUCGUCCAGGUGAAGCAGGUGGCACUGUCCGGGGCCUCGACCACCUUCUCAGGCUGACCUGACCCUUGGGCUCGCCUGAGCAUGCAGUCCCUGGAGAGUGCACCCCAUGGCCUCCUGUCACAUCUCAGUCAUGGGCUCCUGGGUCCCAGAAACAGAUUCUGGGCUCUCUGAUUCAUGGCUAAGCCUGCCUCGGUAUCCGGAGACCCCAGGGGACAGAGCCUGCCUGGUGUGCGGUCGCAGCAGGAACAGUGGUGAGGGGCACACCUGCCUCAGCAGGGCACAGGCCCGUUCCUGAGGGUCAGGACAGGCUUUGUGGAUGCCACUCAUCCCCAGGCUUCUCCUCUUCUGGAGCCUAAUUGCCUUCAGCCUCGACUUGGUUUGGAGCCUCAGAACCUAUCCUCCCUUCUCUUUUGGUAACUCUGCUUCACUGGUCACCCAUUAAACGGAGCCUUGUCUCUAUAUGAACUGUGGGGCCCCCAGAGGGUCCAGAA